AUGUGGACCGAAUCGGAUUCGGGUAUGGAGGAUAUUGCAUCACAAUAUUUUGUGGAUCUCUUUAAACGGUCGGAUGUGCGGGGUGUUUCACAGAUGCUUCAGGAGGUUCCUUCUUUGAUCACAGACUCUAUGAAUAGGAGUUUAAUCAGGAAAAUCACAGAAUCAAAGGUUCGCAAGGCUUUGUUUGCGAUGCAUCCCGAGAAGACACCAGGUCCUGAUGGGAUGACGGCAAUGUUUUUCCAGAGAUUCUGGUCCACUAUUAAAGGAGAUUUGGUAGCUUUGGUGAAGGAUUUUUUCCGUACUGACCGGUUUGAUCCUCGGUUAAACGAAACGAAUCUAUGUCUCAUACCUAAGAAGGAGAUGGCUCAACGGAUGACGGAGUUUAGGCCAAUUAGCCUUUGUAAUGUGUGUUAUAAGAUUAUUUCUAAGGAAAUGUUUCAUGGCUUAAAUACCAACCCACGAUGUAAAUCGGAGUUUUUGGCGUUCAAGACGGAUAUGAGCAAGGCAUACGACCGUGUUGAGUGGGAUUUUUUGGAAGCGGUAAUGGUUAAGCUGGGUUUCGAUAGAAAAUGGAUUUCCUGGAUUAUGUGGUGUGUUUCUUCUGUCUCGUAUCAAGUCCUCCUAAAUGGUCAACCUAGAGGUUAUAUCAAACCUCAGAGGGGUCUACGUCAGGGAGUUCCUUUAUCUCGUUAUCUGUUUAUACUGUGUACGGAGGUCUUAAUUGCCAAUAUUAAGAAGGCUGAAAGAGAGCAUAGGAUUUCGGGUAUAAAGAUAGCUCGGGAUUGUCCUACCAUUUCACAUUUGUUGUUUGCUGAUGAUAGUUUUUUCUUCUGUAAGGCUGAGCCUGCUGAAUGUAGUACGGUUAUGGGUAUUAUAGGAGAUUAUGGGCGAGCGUCGGGCAGGAGCGAGGGUGGUAUGGGCUCGUAUUUGGGUAUUUCAGAGGAUCUCCAGGGUUCAAAAACAAAGGCGUUCCGAUACGUCACUGACCGUUUGGAUGAUCGUGUGAAUGGUUGGUCUGCAAAGUAUUUAUCAAAGGGUGGGAAGGAAGUUAUGAUUAAAUUGGUAGCUCUGGCUCUCCCAACCCAUGUUAUGUCUUGCUACAAGUUACCAACGGAGUUAACGGCUCGAUUAACGAGUGCUAUCUCAAAGUUUUGGUGGAAGUCUAAUGAUAAGGCACGAGGUUUACACUGGGUCGCUUGGGAUAGGUUAUGUGAGGAUAAAUGUGAAGGCAGUUUGGGCUUCCGCGCUCUAGAACAAUUCAAUGAUGCUAUGUUGGCCAAACAAUAUUGGCGGUUAAUUCAUUAUUUGUCUCUGAUGGCUCGAGUUUUGCGAGGUAGAUAUUUUCGGAAUAAACAUCCUCUACAGGCUAAGAAACCCUAUUCCCCCUUGUUUGCUUGCCGGAGUAUCUUCUCAACUAAGGGUUUGGUGGAACAUGGUUCUUGGUGGGCGAUUGGUUUGGGAUGUAACGUCUUGGUGUGGCGGGAUCCGUGGAUUCCGGAUAUUCAACCGAGACCAGCAAAUGGUCGAGGUCGGCAGUUACAUCCCAAUCUAAUGGUCAACCAUUUGAUUAAUCCAUACACGAAGGAAUGGCAUAUGCCAAUCCUAGAGGAGUAUAUGGAUCUGGUAGAUAUUCAAAUCAUUGUAUCUAUGGAGAUUAAAAAAUCCUUUAAACCGGAUAAACUGAUCUGGCAUUAUACUAAAUCUGGGAAAUAUUCGGUUAAAUCUGGCUACCAGCUCGCCCGCGAUUUAAUAAAAGAGGUAGAGUAUGGGCCGACGUGCACAUCUCUUAGGGCUCAGGUUUGGAAACUUCAGGUUCCCCCAAAGAUCCAGCAUUUCUUCUGGCAGAUUGCUUCCGGCACCCUUCCUGUGUUGGAAAGUUUGGCUCAUCGGGAUGUCCGGUGUGAUCUUCUAUGUAAGCGAUAUGGCUUGGAGGUGGAGACUAUCAAUCAUGCUCUUUUUGAGUGUCCCCGUUUGCCUCAGAUUUGGGAUUUGUCUCCAGGUAUUGAGGCAGAACCGGGUGAUGUUCUGAUCCAGGCGGCUACUGAUAAAUUGUUAUGGGAGAAAGCUAGAUCCUCUUUUUCGACCUCCUCUGAUCCUUUAACCUUGGAGGAUCAGACCCCCGCCCCCCGGUGUCAGAUCGAUGGAUCUUGGAAGGCAUCAGAUCCUUUAGAAGAAUUAGGUUGGUGGUACUGCAAUAGUGAGGAUGUAACGCUGUUAUUGGGAGCACGGAGUCAAUGUCGCGGUCCUUCACCCCUUCAUUCGGAGCUUCAAGCUUUGCUUUGGGCGACGACUUCCAUUUUAGCAUCAGGCGUUGACUGA